UCUUCUUCUUCCUCCCCAGAACAUCUUUGUGGUGGUGUUGCGUGUUCUUUAAACCCAGGGCCUCCAUUGUGUUCUAUGGUGCUCCGGCGUGAUGGAAUAUAAGACAGACCCAAACUCCAACGUGGUUGACUAAGGGAUGACGCUUAAAAUAUGGGACCUGUGACCAUUCCACUUCAGUUUACUUAAAGGUAUUGCUAUGUGGAUACUUGUUAGCAAUGACUGAUGUGGAAUCUACAUAUGCAGAUUUCAUUGCUUCUGGAAGAACUGGGAGAAGGAAUGCCCUUCAUGAUAUCCUUGUGUCCUCCACAAGUGGGAAUUCUAGUGAAUUAUCCCUGAAGUUAUCCGAGCUUGAUAUAAACAAAACUGAAGGGGAAGGAGAUGCACAGAGAAAUCCCACCGAACAAACUGGCGAACCCCAGGGUGAAGCAGCAAAACAAGAAAGCUGACGUUCCACUUUGACCGACAGCAGCAACUGUGGGAGGUUUUCCAACUUCAAGAGCCUGCUGGGAAAAACUUGUAUCUUCUGAACAAAAUAAAUAAGAAAGAAAGAAAGAAAGAAAUGGAUGGGUCUCGUUACUCGAACCUGCACAACCCAGUCCUAAAAAGGGGAAAGCAAGCGGUAGCUGCAGACAGGACUUUCUCUACCUCUGUUAGCAAUGGUUGAGACUUUGUUGCUGGUCUCGAGACUCUCUCGACAGAUGGAUCUCGUGACAAAUGACCACUUGAUGAAAUGCCCGUAAGAGGUAGAGCAAACUAGAUCUUGUAGCAAAAAUGGCCUUCAGCUCACCAGAGGCUUGAAUUGCAUUGUAUGACAAUGGCUUCAGUGAUCUUCAGAGGUUGUCUGGCUAGAGUGUUCACCUAUUAAAAAUCACCUGUAAAAGAAGCACUGUUUGUUUUUUUAAAGAACUCUGCUUCUGUGUUUUUCAGCUCUGUUACUUACAAUGUUUUAUAUUGUACAAUUUAGAUGCACCACACUGCCCCUUCUCAAAACGCUUAUGAAGGCAACUUCUGUGACUGUGAAUUUUUUUCUACCACUUGUUUUGAAAGGGCUAGGGUUCCUGUCUUCUUCUUUUUGCAUAGUGUGGUGGUGUGCAUUCAAUAGAUUCUAAAGUCAACUGCUAAACUGAUGAAAUUGCUAACCUAAUUAUUCAUCAGCGUUCUUUUCACGAGAUGAACAUACAAUGUAACUAACGUAUAGUCUGGCAUGUCAGGUGUUUUCUCAGUACAGUUAGGUCACUUUGCUUGUAGUUGGUUGGAAAUCCAAGAUUCAAACAGAAU